AUGUAUGAUAUUUUAAUAGUAAUCUGUGGUAUCAUAAUUGGUUUAAUUUUAAUAUACUUUAAAUAGUAUUUCAUAAACAACGAAUCUUUUUAAGCUAACUAAAGGAUUUCAAAUAAAACAAGAAAAGAAAUCAAAUUGUAAUAAUCAUCAUAUUAAAAAUCAUUUCCAACUCAACACUAAUAAAAUAGAAUUUAUAAUGAGGAAUAAAUGCAAAAUUGGCAACAUCCCUAAAAAGUAGAAAAUUAAAUAACAAAAUAAGAAAAUUAAGUGAAUUAUAGUUUUUAAUCAGACCGAUAAUUAGCUAAAAUGAAUACCAGUUAAGAAGAGUAGGAAUUAUUAAUGGAUGAUAUACGUAUUAAAAAAAAAGAAAAUUUUGAUUAAAAUUCACCUUUGAAAAGAUCUGAAGAUAGACUUUAGUAGAAAUAUGCUUAAAUAACUUUGAAUUAACCUAAAAAUUAUUAAGACCCUUUAAAAAAAUAAAGGGUUGUGUAUUCAAAUUAAGUGGAAAAUAAUAAUCAUUAUAGUGUAUCAAAAAAUGUAAUUGUUAAAUAAAAAAUAUUCAAUUUAUACAAUAUGUCAUGUCUAAAUAGUGAUGAUACAAAAUUUAUAGGUUCUGCUAUCAUUUCAAAAAAUUAUAAUGAUUUAUAUAUUGAUGAUUUGACUUAAAAAUAGCUAAAUUUAUAUUUAAAAGGGUACAGAUAAGUUAGUGGGGAUGGUAAUUGCUAUUUUACGGCAAUAGCAUUUCAAUACUUUGAGAUAUUGUUAAAUAAAUUUAAUUAUUUGGAAUUUAGAGAGUUUAUAAAUCAAAUUGAGACAAUGGAGUUUUUGAUUGAAUUUAAUGGGUAUUUCAUAGAGGCUACUUUAUAGAAUUAGUUUGCAAAAAGAAUGACUGAGCUAUUAUAAAUACUAAGAGAUAAUCCUUCAUAACUAGAAUAAAUGAUGGCUGAUCCAAAUCAAGAGUUUUAUGGUUUAGCAAUAAUAUGUUUUAGAAAUUUAGCCUAUUUGCUAUAUUUAAGAUAAAAUAGUCAGAUAAUUGUUGAAUAUAAACCAGAUUUAAGUAAUGAAUUAUUAACAUGGUAAUUUUAGUGUAAUGAUUCAGAGAUGAUAAAUUCAUCAUUGGCAAAGUAUUUAAAUAUGUAAAUAAAUUGAAAUGCAUUUAGAAUAAUAAAUGUGUAUUUGAUAGAUUAAAAAAACAGUGAAGUAACUUAGUUGAAGUAUGGUUAAUAAUCAAAGAAUGAGAUACAUUUAAUAUAUAGACCAGGACAUUAUGAUAUAGGAAUACCAAUUUGAUUUAAUUAGAAAUUUGAUUUUUUUUUGAUGUG